GAUGUGGCAGAGAACAGAGCAGAGUAUCGGUCUAUGUGCUUCGCAACUCCGGGCUUGAGCGAGCACAUCGGCGGAGUGAUCCUCCACUGGGAGACGCUGUUUCAACGAGAUGCACAGGGCAAAGCCAUAGUGGACAUCAUCAAGGACAAUGGCAUGAUUCCUGGUAUCAAGGUGGACAAGGGCUACAACAAGAAGGGCAUCUGGGGAACUCCGGUUGGCCCUUUAGGACACCCGGAGGUGGCCACUGUGGGCUUGGAUGACCUACAGCAAAGAUGCCACCAGGCCUAUGAGCAGGGCGCCCGCUUUGCCAAGUGGCGCAACGUGCUGCAGUUGGACCCAGCGAAGCACAUGCCCACAGAGCUGGCGAUCGCAGAUUGUGUGCAUACCCUGGCGCGCUAUGCCUCGAUCUCUCAGAGCGAAGGCUUGGUACCCAUUGUGGAGCCGGAAAUCGUACCCAAUGGCGAUCAUGACAUCCACUACUGCGCCCGAAUGACCGAGAAGGUUUUGGCUGCACAGUUCAAGGCCCUGGCAGACCACCACAUCUAUUUGGAGGGUGCUGUCUUGAAGCCCAACAUGGUGAAGAAUGGCCUCGGUGGCCCAAAAGCCACGGCUGAGACCAUUGCCACUUUGUCAGUCCAAACUUUGCUGCGCACUGUGCCUGCCUCCAUGCCUGGAAUCUUCUUCUUGUCGGGCGAGUCAGCUCGGAAUGAAGACAACGAGGAAGAGGCAACCAUCAACUUGAGCACCAUGAACAAGUUGUUUCCCAAGUUGCCAUGGCACCUCUCCUUCUCCUAUGGCAAAGCUUUGCAGAGGACGUGUAUUGUCACGUGGCUAGGCAAGGCCGAGAACAAGGACGCCGCUCAAAAGGCUUUGAAGGCACGGGCCAAUGCGAACUCUGAUGCUUGCUUUGGCAAAUACACGCCCGGCAGUUGUAAGAGCCUUGGACCUGAGGAAGGAGCAAGCAGCAAAGUGGCUUCUGAACCUUACUGA